CUCUUCAAACAACCGACGGACCCCGUAUCAUUUUCCAAGGGCAAAACCGUAAAGUCAACGAGUCUCCUCUCUUGAAUUUUACUCCAAUUUUCCAUUACUUCCAUCAUUCUCAAAUCUCCUGCUCCAUUCUCGAGUCCCUCCUCUCCCCCCGCUCACCACGCCAAAUUUGACUCACCAACCCAAAAUCAAAAUGACGAAAACACCCUUCCUCUUCCUCUCCAUCCUCUUCCUUUCCCUCCUCCUCUACCCUUCCUCCGCCGAGAUCAAAUCCCUCUCCAUCGCCUCCGACUCCCGCCCCAUGAUCCUCUUCGAGAAAUUCGGCUUCACCCACACCGGCCACGUCACCAUCUCCGUCUCCUCCGUCUCCUUCUCCUCCCCUCACGCCGGCACCGACCCUUCCCUCCUCGGCUUCUUCCUCCUCUCCGAGGAGUCCCUCCUCCAAGUCCUCCUCGAGAUCCAGCGGAACCCUCAGUUCUGCGUCCUCAACUCCCACUACAUCACUUUCCUCUUCACCUUCCGCGACCUCUCUCCUCCUCCAAAGUCCUCCUUCAACCACUCCUACCCCGUCACCUCCCCCAACGAGUACUCCCUCUUCUUCGCCAACUGCGCGCCGGAAUCCUCCGUCUCCAUGGACGUCCGCACCGAGGUCUACAACGUCGAUCGCGACGGCUCCAAGGACUUCCUCUCCGCCGGCCAGACUCACCUCCCUUCCCUCUUCUUCGUCUUCUCCCUCGCCUACUUCGCCUUCGUCGGCUUCUGGAUCUACAUCUGCUUCACCAACAAGCGCUCCGUUCACCGGAUCCAUCUCCUCAUGGCCGGUUUGCUGCUCAUGAAGGCUCUGAAUCUGAUCUGCGCCGCCGAGGACAAGCAUUACGUUAAGGUCACCGGCACGCCUCACGGCUGGGACGUGCUGUUCUACAUCUUCCAGUUCAUCAGGGUUGUGCUGCUGUUCACCGUGAUCGUUUUGAUCGGAACCGGCUGGUCGUUUUUGAAGCCUUUCUUGCAAGAGAAGGAGAAGAAGGUGUUGAUGAUUGUGAUCCCUCUCCAGGUUCUCGCCAAUAUCGCCUCCGUCGUGAUUGGCGAGACCGGGCCGUUUAUCAAGGAUUGGGUGACGUGGAACCAGGUGUUCUUGUUGGUCGAUAUCAUAUGCUGCUGCGCUAUCAUUUUCCCAAUCGUGUGGUCGAUUCGGUCUCUCAGAGAGACCUCGAAGACCGACGGGAAGGCCGCCAGGAAUCUGGCGAAAUUGCAGCUUUUUAGGCAGUUCUAUAUGGUGGUGAUUGGAUACUUGUAUUUCACGAGAAUCGUCGUGUUCGCGCUUAGGACAAUCGCGGCGUAUAAGUAUCAGUGGGUGAGCAAUGCAGCUGAGGAGAUUGCUAGCCUUAUUUUCUACAUGAUUAUGUUCUACAUGUUUAGGCCAGUGGAGAAGAAUGAGUACUUUGUUCUUGAUGAGGAGGACGAAGAGGCUGCUGAAUUGGCUCUUAGGGAUGAAGAAUUCGAGCUUUGAAAGAUGAUUUUACCGAAACUUGCUGGGUCAGGUUGCUGUUCCUUCUGUUUUGCACAUUUUACUUUUAUUUUCCUAAAGAAUUGUUAUUUGAAUUUAUAUGUUUAUGGGAUAGUGUCUGUAUGUUUGAAAAUUUGAAUUUUCUUUUCAUAAUGCUGCUAAUGAAUUACCCGAUAUAGGUUUAGUUUCAAUCAUGUUGUUUAUCCUUUUUUUGUUCAAUUGGUUGCUGCCAUUUGGCUGUAUGUGUAGUGAAAAUUGUUACAUAACUAGCCUUGUAAUGUUUCCGUUACUUUUGUUAAUUGAAAGAGUUAACAAAUUUCAUCA